AUGGAAUGCAAACAUUUAUUCAAUUUCGAUGUAAAAGUCAAGGAUAAAUUUGAUGUCUUUCGGCUUGAUACAAUAGAUUCGCAAAUAGUGUCUCCUGCAGACUUUAAGCCAUGUUUCAAGAGAAAAACUAUUGUUGAUCUAACAGUCAUUGAUAUAAUCUUUAAGAUAUUCUCAUUAAGAGAUGCACAUUGUUUUAAUAUUGGAUUGAUUGAUAAACAUGAUUCUAAUAUAGAAGGACAUGCAAGCAACCAAGCAAAAAAAUGGCUGAAACGUGGUCAAGAUUUCAGAAUAAUUGAUUUCCUUCCAUUCAAAAAAAAAGAAAAUAUGGGUACGUUAAUCCAAAACUAG